GCAUCUCUCAGCGCCCCAGAGCCGCAAACGCCUCCCGGGACCCCCAUUUAUACUCCAGGGCAUCCCUCAGCGCCUCCAGAGCCCCCAAACGCCUCCGCGCAUGCCCAAAGCCUCCCACGGACCCCUCCCCUGCCCGGCCGCGCUCGGCGCCGCCGCUUCCCGCCUUCCCCCUCCCCGGCCUCCCAUUGGCGGCAGCGCCCGCCCGUCCCCGCGCUGAAACAAUCAGCGCCCGAGCUCGGAACGCCGGGGCAAACCAAACGAGAGCGCGGGCGAUGGAGCGGAAGCUCAGCCUGGAGCAGCGAACGGAGCGCCUGAUGCAAAGGAGCCAGGCCCUGCUCAAGCCCCGCCCCCGCGGGCCGGAAAGGGCAAAGGCGCUGCUUGGCUCCGCCCCCAGCAGCUCCACCCUCGAUGACCCCCUCGUCCAAUGGCGCUUGGGGCGGUGCCGAGGGAAGGAGCCAGCGCUGGACACGCCCCUGGUGUGCAGGGCCCUGCUGGGCUCUGCUGCUCCCCGGGGUUCCCUGCAGGGAGUGCCGCCGGGAAGGUCACGUGACUCACCUGAGGCGCCAUGGCCAAUCGGGAGACACUUCUGCAAGCACCAGGGGGCGUCUUCACCCCAGGCUGUCUCCCAGGAACCCUUGUGGCAGGAUCCAUGUUGGAGGCCGCCUGACUCCCGCAAGACCCUCUGGCCAAUGAGGAGCAGCUCUCUGGAUACCCUGCAGGGGGCACUAUACUCACAGUCACGCGACUCUCACCAUGCCCUGCGGCAAAUCAGCAGCAGCUGCUGUGCACCUCUGCACCAGGGGGCGCCGCCUGGGAAGCGAGACUCCCAUGAGCCUUUGCUGCAGGAGCCAUUUCGGGGGUCACAUGACUGCCUCGGGGCUCUGUGGUGUGCCCCAUAUUGGAAGUCACGCAGCUCCCAGGAUGCCCUGGGGCCUGCAAGGGAGGCGCUUCCUGAGCCCCCGCCCCAGGGAGGGCCCGGGUUCAGGUCACGUGACCCCCGUGAGGCCCCACAGCCAAUCCGGAGCAGUGCACAUGAUGCCCUACAGGAGGCGCCGUGGCAGCCGCCACUGGCCCCCCCAGGCCCUCUUGGGGACCCCCUCCUCUGGAUGCUGCGAUGCCACCGCCGGGCCGUAAGGGAACGCCUUGGGGCCAUUGAGACCCUCCUGGAAUGCCCACCUGGGCACCCCCAACCCAUGGUGGGGACAAUAAAGCAAUGACACUCCAAAAUUGCUCCAGGGAGGUGGGGAGACCCCCAAAACUCCCUCCCUUACCUACCCCACCUUUGGGAUUGCCCCAAAUCCCUUCUCCCCCAAAGUGUCCCCAAGAGCAUUUGGGGGGUUCUGGGGGCUCCAAAGCGGCUGUUGGCGGGGUGCUGGGUGUCUCUAGGGGGUCCCUGAGGGUCUGUGGGGCGUUUGGAGGGGCUCUGAGGCUGAGGAAGGGAUUUGGGGGGUUUAUCGGGAGCGCUGGGAAUCGGGAGGGGUUGGGAGGGCACUGGGUGUCUUCAGGGCAUCUAGAAGAGGUCUAUGGGAUUUUUCGGGGAGACUCUAGGAGCGUUGGGGAAAAUCUGUGAAAGGUAUCGGGGGUCCAGGAAGGACUUUGAGGGGACGCAUGGGCUUUGGAGGGUCUUUGACGGUCCGGGGUCUGUGGGAUGUUUUGGGGCUCCCAGGACAGCGUUGGGGGGUCUGUGGGGACUGGGAAGUCUCUAGGGGCGCCUGGGGGCUUAUUGAACGCAUCGGGGCGGGGAACCCCCAAACCCGUGGGAGUGGGGCUCACCUGUCUUCACCUUCACACGGCCGACAUGGCGCCGGGGGUUCUGGUGUCCCUCCGGCCCUGAGGGCGCUGGGGGGGGGUCACGGGGGCGUCACAAGCUCCCCCUGAGCCCCCAAAAAUCCCUCGUGCUCCCACUCGCCACUGGUUCCGCGCCUGUUUACUCACUUCCUGGACUACAACUCCCGAAAGACCGCGGGGCCCCGUAGGACGCCGAUAGAGCCGGGACUGCGGUUCCCGUCAUGCCCCGCGACCCGCGAGAGGCCAGUCAGGGCCGGGACUGUCCCCUAAGCACCGUCCCAGCUGCUCCCCGAGUGCUCCCCUGAGCCGUGAGUGCGCCCCGGGGCCCCGUCGCCAGUAAAGAUGGUAAACAGGACUCGACCUAGCAUUGACUCCUGGAGUCACCGACAAGUAAUUGGGUGCAAUGGACAGAGUGGGAGCUUCAGACAAGCCCUGUCUUAGGCCCACAUCACCAGAGCAGAUCCUCGAGAUACUGGCCAAGGGCAAUAGAAACCAGCGCAGCAUCACACCAAGACCAACGCCGCCUCCUUCCACUCCCAUGCCAUCUUCCAGAUCUUUUCCCUGGCUUUGCUCCUUGUGUCAUGUCCAAGUGUUUGACUCAUCCUCACAGCAUGCCAGGUUCCUCUCCUACUCCUGCCCCAUCUUCCAGUGUGAUCCACUGACCCAUUCCAUGGGAAACACGGAGCCCUGGUCCCGCUGGUGCUAGUUGCUCCAACCAACCUCCCCAGGGGUGUGUGUAGCCAUGGCUUCAGCCAUCCUUGUCCUCGCAGAUCCUGGUGAAGCAGUGGAACCGACCCCACUCUUGGCUUUGCUGGGAACCUGUGUGUGGCCAAGAGGAUAACUGUCGGAACUCAGUACGUCCCUCCGGGUGUCCCGAGUUGCUGAGGACCCCAGCGGGGGGCUCGGAGACCCUGGCACACAGCCCAGAACACCUGGGGAUUUGAUUAUGACCCCUGGAGCAAGUUACCAGCUUUGUAUGAAAACCUGAAAGUCACAGAGGUUUGAAUAGUAUAAUAAUAAUAUUAUCACAGGGUGAAAAUGUAGAUUUUAGGAUUUUUGGUAUGGGGGUUAUGGGGACAAGAUGGACGAACUUGGGUGUGUCUAGCCUUUCUUCUUGUUCUCCAUUUUCUGCUGUGAUGCUGGCACUUUGGGAUUGGUUUAGAGUGCACUGUCUAACAUAGGUGAUAGGUAUUGGGAAUUAAGUGUAAAUAUCUUAUACGUAGUUCGUAGUAUAGAAAGACAACACCGCCUCAGGGGCAGUCAGAGUGCCUUUGGCUGCCUUGCUGAGCAGACCUUGGCUGGGCAGAAAGAAAAUUUUACAGAUAAGAAUUAAUAAACAACUUGAAGACCAAAUA